AUGGGGUGCACACAGAGCGGUCAGCGGUCCUUCAACGACGACUACGUACUCGGUCCGAAGCUUGCCACCGGGACGUUCACACAGACGCGGAUUUGCACUGACAGGCGCACGGGCGAGGUGCGCGCCGCGAAGAUUCGCAGUCAGCCGUACUUGGAGGCAGAUUGUCGCUUCGAAGCCGCGCUGCUGAGUCAACUGAACAGCGCCAGCCGACCGCUCCGGCUUUCGCGGUCUCAGACGGUUUCCCGAGUUUUGAUGUCUCGCGACUCGGGAGAUCUGCACAGCACUCGAGGCAUCGAGCACGUCCUGCGCUUCUUCGGCGCCUACGCGGAACGAACUUUCUUCUGCGAAGUCUUCGAACUCUGCCAAGGCGGCGAGCUGAUGUCCUUGAACGAGAAUGAUGAAACGACUGAGGCAGACGUCGCACGGUGGAUUCGCCAGCUCCUGAUGGCUAUUGAGGCUCUCCACGUCCGCGGUAUCGUUCACAGAAACGUGAAUCCAGGCAACGUCCUUCUUCAGGAGACCAGCCGCAAGACGGUCAAGCUGGGAGGCUUUGGGCUGGCCUGCCGCGUGCCCGCUAGGGCGCUGCUGAAGGACGCGUGUGGAUCGAGUUCGUACCUCGCGCCGGAGAUGUUGAUUGGGAACUACGGGCGGAAAGUCGACAUUUGGGCGGUCGGCGUGAUUCUGUACGUUUUCCUCUUUGGGCGACUACCCUUUGUUGCCUCGGACACGUUUCACCUUUUCAAGAGCAUCAUCGAAGAAGAGCCCGCGUGGACGUACACGCCGACUCGCGACCUGGCUUCGCGGACUGCCGACUGCCUCGCCUUUUCCACGGAGAAUCUCCAGGGUGCGGCCGACCCCGCGAGAAACGCGAUCGGCGCCUGGCCCGAGGAGGGUGACGUCUGCCGAGAGGAGCGUUGCAGCAGUCCUGCGAGACGGCGCUUCGAAACUGUGCCUUUUCCUGGAUCGCCCGCUGCCGCCUUCUCAAACUCCAAAAGAGUCGAGAGAGACACCCGCGACAGCUCCACCGACUCCAAAGUCGCCCACGGCGGGGACUCUUCGGCGUGGAGAAGGGGACAAAAGGGCGAGGAAAAAGAGGGACAGGGCGAGAGAACACUCGAAUUGAACGGUUUUCCGAGCUCGGCCGGCCUGUCGCCGCGCGGGGCGGAAGCAGAGAGUGAAGAGACCCGAGCGCAGGACCAAGGCAGCUGGGGGCAGAUCGACGACGGCGAUUACAAGCCGCGCUCCGAUGCCGUCGACUUGUGCAAACAACUGCUGACGAAAAACUUCCUCAACCGGCCAACCGCCACUGAAGCGCUCAACCACCCCUGGCUCCAAAUCGAAACCUGGGCAGAUGGAAAGACGGGACGGCUGUUGCCUCGGAGUCUUUGUCGACGGAUUUCGCUCUGCAACGCCGAGAUGUGCGUGCACAACGGGUCUAGCCUCAGCAUCGCGGUCCUCGACUCCGUGGAGAUGGGAUUCGGCACGGCUUUCUCGCUGCAAGGCCUCGAGAGCGACUUGUCUCCCAUGCCGUCGCAGUCGCAAACUUCGCCGUCGCUUCCCUCCAAGGCUCCUCUGACGCCUGCGUUCGGCCGCGUGCAGGCGCGGCCGCGGACCUCCGAAGGCCCCACCGACGCGGGAGUGCAUGCAGCGCCAGGCAGCCGCUUCUCGGCGGCGCGGGCGCGCGGUAGCUUGUCUAUGGCGAGGACUGCGCCGCGGCGCGUAGUCUCCAGAGAGAAGGACUAUCCGAGCGGCAGCCCCGAGGGCUCUGGGCUCCACGGCGCGGCGGAGACAGUCGGGGCCGCGGAUGGGCCGAGGCCGCACGCAGCCCCCGGAGACCGCGCCGGGGCUUCCAGCGGGAACGCGCGCGUGCACGAGAGCGGAGGCAUUGCAGGCACGGGACUCGAGCGGAGGAGCGACUCCGAGCGCACGCGGCAGGCCUCCGCGCGGGGCACAGGCAGAACCUCGGGAAUGUCGCCCAGCGAGACGGGCGAGAAAGGCCAAGGCGUGCGCUCGAAUCCGGUGUUCAAGAGGCCGCAGCGCUCGCGACGGAGCGGCUCUCGCUUGGAAGAAACCGCGUACGGCGUGUAUCAAGAAGAUGUUGCGCGCCUGCGAUGCUCGUGA